CGGAUAAUAAACACUUCCGGUUAAAUAGUUCUCUUAUUAUUUUCCAAAUCAAUGGUCAAUGGUCUUGCAUCAAGACUCUUGACUGAAGUAACUCAAGUGGCAGCAGCCGUUAUAGGUUUGACAGCCGAACCAGUCAAAAAUACUUUCUUCCUUGAGGAAUGUUUUGACUAAUGCAGUCACUGAUUUUCAAUAAGAGCGGAGUCCAGACUGGUAACACAAGCUCUCUGAAAGUGUCAGACUGCAUCCCCUUGUAGAUACAAGACUGGUAAUACUAGACCUUUGACAUGGAUUCAAUACCGGAGCCACCACCACCUCCCUCACCCCCUUGCAGAUAUUUCCUGCCACCUGACCUGCUGGAAGAUGAUGAGUUCUCGGAAAAGCGAAGGCAAAAAGAGCUUCAGUUUCACCUCGUGUCAGCGAUAGAGCAUGAAGACACAGAAAAAGUUAAAUCUCUGAUUCAUAAUGGCGUUAAUACGAACGCUACAAUUAUGCUAGUAAAAACACCUCUGACUCAUGCUUUAGAUCAAAACUCUACAAGUAAUCUUGACAUUGUCAGGAUGUUAGUCGAUGCUGAGGUUACAGAUGUGAAUUACGGGGAUUUGACUCCAUGGGGUUGGAAGCCAUUACAUUACGCAGCAAAUAAUGGCUCGGUCCCUCAAGCUCAAGUUUUAAUCGAGGGGUCAAAAAAGGGACAGUGCAAUAUUGAUGUCAGAGACAAUGGGAAAGCCACCGCUUUGCAUUUCGCUGCGUGGUUUGGACAUGUGGAGUUAUCGGAAUACUUGUUAAAAAUGGGGGCCGAUGCGAACUUGAAAGACAACUGUGGCAGAACGCCCUUACAUCGAGCUUGUGAGUCAGGAAAUUUGACAAUUGCAGAAAUUUUGCUGAAAUAUGGAAUGGAUAUAAAUGUUGCUGAUAACUAUGGAUGGAGCCCGAUUUUUCAAAAUGUUUUCUUUUUACAAAAUGAUACAGUCAAAUUUCUUCUUAAGAAUGGGGCAAAUCCUAAUCUAAGAGAUAAGUUCGGGCAAUCCCUUCUCCAUUUAGCUAGCUACAAUAAAGUGUCACCAAUUCAUAAAGAGGGGCAUCCAGAAAGGGUAGUGCUGAUGACAGCGUUCAACUUCUAUGAAAGGAGCAGACGGAUACCUUCCAGUUUGUUACAGUCGCUGAUAUACUUCAUGGAUCAUCGGAUUAAUGACACGGAUAUGUUCACAUGUGUUAAGAUGCUGCUGAAUGCUGGCAUUGAUCCCAGAUUGUAUCCCUCAGAUGGCUUCAGUACAGAUUCCUGCUCUGUUGUUGCCCAAAUUCGAGCCUAUUUGACCUUAGCGGGUGCCGGACUAAGCCCAGAUGACAGCUGGGUCCAGCCAAGGUCAACACAGGGUUCAAAAUGGAGGGAAUGGUUUAAAUACGAGAUCAAUGACCAACUUGGUCUUCGACGGUUGUGUAGAUAUAAGAUAAGGAGCUGCUUAAAUCAUACCGGGGACCUUCGUGGGGCUAUAAAACUGUUGCCCAUUCCUGGAAUGUUGAAAAAACUUUUGACACUUGAUCAGGAUUUUGAAAUGUUCUCAGAGUUUGUGAGAAGAAAUCAGUAAUUGCUAAUAAGAUAUCUACAGAGAGCGUUUUUUUUAUUAUUUAUUAAAUAGCAUGUCGUGUAUCAGCUUAUUUUUGCAGUGUAUUUCAAUGUAAAAUAAUAUUUUGAUGCCAAUUUUUGUGUUAUCAGUGAUUAAUUUUGGUGCAAUUUACUUCCUUCUCUGGGCUGUUUCUGGGCGAAAAAAUGUCCAUUUUCCCAAAAUUUUAUAUUUUUUUCCCAAUUUGAUAAAUGUAGAUUAUGUUUUAAAUUAUGAAUAAAAAAAGCAAUGAAUUUCUUGAAAUAUUAACAAAAUCUUGACAAAAAAGUUAGAACAUGUAUAUUUACCAUUAUAUUAGCUAUUUUGGUCUGAUUUUGUAUUUUUUUCCCAAAGUCAACUUUUUCCCACUUUGCAAGGCAAAGGCGGGAAAAAUAAUUCCAAAUUGUUUUUACUGCUUAUCCAUAAAUGCUAAAUAUCUAUAAACAAUAAGGCUCCAAUUCUCAAACAAUCUUUACACCCUUACAACAGGACCAAGUAAAGCUCCUUAUUGUCUUUUGGUAUAAUGUGAAUAAUAGUCUCAUUUUGAUGAUUUUUGAAACAGUUAAAAUAUAUAUUGAAGUAGAAUUCAAUAUUUAAUCAUCAUCAACUGUUUUUCAUGUUUACAAAUCUACUUUAAAUAACUAAUUUUGCUAAAUGAAAUAAAACACUUAAGCCUG